GCUCACCUUCUGCUGCCCGGCCUUCACCAGGCCGAUCUCCACCUGCGCAUCCCAUUUCCACCCCUCCGGUGCCCUGUGAGAUGAAACCCAUGUCUCUGCAGAUGAAACGCUCUCCCAGGGUGCGGUUUGACACGUGUCAGGAUGAGAUGAAACGCCGGACUCGAGAGCUGGAGGCUGAACCGUUUCAUCUGCUGGGAUCUCCACCCGCUCGCUCUCCCACUCUCCCUCUCCCUCUCCCAGCGGCCCUUGCUUCCCCGAUUCAAAGGAAGAGCCUAAGCUCGGAGUGAACUCAAGUGAUGCUGCUAUUACUGCUGGUGGUGGUGCUGCUGCUGCUGCUGUUAUUGAUGAUGAUGAUGACGCUGCAGCCAACCAGCCGGCGGCAGUGAGGCAUGCGGCAGCCUUGAGGCAGCCCGUGGGUCUGCCCCCCAUUCGCGUGCAGCGGCGACGAUUGGCCGAUGUGCUCUGCGGUGGUGGUGAUGGUGAUGGGAGGCCGUUUGGAGAGGAGAGGUUGGGGAGAAUCGAGGGGAUGGGAGGGAGUGGUGCGGGGGGUAAGGGAGGCAAGGCAGCAGAUGGCGCCUUCCCUGGAAGAGCCUACCCGUUGCUGACGCCUCUUCAGCUGCUGUCGCCCCUGGCUCUCUCCCCGUACCCUCCUUGCUCGCCUGGGUGGGAGCAGAGCGCGCUGCUAGGGGCGGCCGUUGCUCUCCUGCGGUCACCCCCUGCUCUGCCACCCUCGCCCGUGGUGGCCCUGCCUUCGCUGGUUGGGGGGAAUGAUGAUGCUGCUGCUGCUGCUGCUGCACCCGCAACAGGUAGAGCUAAGGGAUUGGAAGGGGAAGUGGCAGCAGCAGCAGCAGAAGCAGGAGCAGCACCAGUUGGCUUUACUGUCAGCAGCAUGCUAGCAGGCAGGAAGCGAGUGCGAGCACCAGCAGAGAGAUUGCUGACCGGAACAACAUCCUUCCUAUCUGGUGGCUCGUCUGCUGCGACCCCCUUGCCUCCCAUGCCCUCCGCCGCCGGUCCCCCCUCCUCCUAUAACGCCUCUUUAGCUGCGACCUCCUUGCCUCCCAUACCCUCCUACGUGGGUACCCCCUCUCGUCUGCUGCCUCCGUCCACCCCUAUGUGUGUGCGUGCGCUGGUGGCGGACGGGGCGACAGCUGGCGGCGUGGGAGUAGGGCUGGUGGGCGCGCUGCUGAACGACCUGCCGCAGCAGCUGGAGCGGUGCGGCUUCGAUGUUGUCACGGCAGCUACAGUCACAGAGGCUGUGGGGCGGUUUGAAGAGGCAGUGGGCGGAUGGGCAGCCGUGGUGCCAGAGGUGUGCGAUGGCAGUGGGAAGGACGACAGGGAGGAUGACAGGGGGAAAGACAGGGGGGAAGACAGGGGGAAAGACAGGGGGGAAGACAGGGGGACCAACUCGGGGAAAAACAUGGGAGAGGACAGCGGGGAGGUUGAAGGGGGGGAGCAGCAGCAUGCGAGAUGUGCUGGUGAGCAGUGCGCUUUGAGUGAAGCGGGCCUGGCAUCAGAUGCAGCGGAGGCAGGAGGGAAGGCGGACGGACCCUUCUCCCUCGUGGUCAUGGAGCUCGAGGCCAUGGCUCAUGAUGGCUUUGCCUGCAUCCGCAGCAUUCGCCGUGCCGAGGGACAAAGAGAAGGCGGGAAGGGAAGGGAUGGGGAGGAAUGCACUGCUGCUGAUGCCAGGUGCAACCAGCUCCCAGUCUCUGCUCCUGGGGGCAGUUUCAGUGGUAUUGAGGCAGACACGAAUGAAUCUUCAUCAUCACCAGCAGCAGCAGCAGCAGCAGCAACAUGUGCAGCAGCAGCAGCAGAAGAAGCUCCUGGUUCUGUUUCUCCGCUUGAGGACCCGGCAAGAGCAGCAAAUUCUGUUCCUCGCACGGUCAUUAUUGCAGUUGCUAACAUGAACAGGUGGGAUCUGGCGGGGUUGGACCGAGCCAUGCAGCAGAGCAUGCAUGCAGGUGUAGAUGCGGUGGUCCCUCGCACCAUGAACCUUCAACAGCUCAAGUCGGUGCUCAGGAAGCUGGGCGUGAGGGGCAAGUAUGUUUUGGUUCCCUCCUCGCUGCCCCGUGCCAUGUCUGGCACUGUUCACAACCCCCUCAAUAUGUCUAGGUAGAAAGAGGAGCACGAGAAAGUCUUGCUCCUUGUCUGUAUGCCAAGUGGUUUAUGGGUGCAUGCGAUUCUAAUAUUCAUCCAAAUG